AGUUUCUGGUAUAGUCUGGCGCCGGUGCGGUCAUACAGAGAGGGGAGGGGGGCAGCGGACACAGGGAGGGGACGAGGAUGGUCGGCGAUGCGGUUGUCCUCCUGCUGCUGUCCCAUUGCUUGUCCCGCGUCCUGUCCCAGAUCCCAGACCCCGAGCUUAUACCCACAGACCCCCCCAAAAAGCCGGACCCUGUUACAUCAGAGAGUGUGGUGUUUUGGGGGCUGCGCUUAUGGCAGGUCAUCGGCAUCUUUGCUGUGUUUGUUUUAGCGAUAGUGAUCACACUGUGUUGCAUUUUCAAAUGUCGAAUUCCAAGGACCAAAAAGGAAAUCGAAGCGCGUCACGCGCAGCGACAGGCCGCCAAGAAAUAUGCCAACACAUUGGAGACGGUGCCACCUCUUAACGAGUUGACAGAGGUGCCGGGAUCUGCCAAAGCAGAGGACAAGAAGGAGGAAGAUGCGGAGGCCGUGGCCACCGUCUCGGGUAAAGUGGACGCCAACCGAGGUGAGAGGAAGAGCAAGGAGGCGAGGAGGGAAGGAGGCAAGGGUGCCAAAGGUGACGAAGGGGAGCGGAAGAAAGCGGGAGCCGCCGACAAGGAAGGAGGCGGCCAAGGAAAAGGCAAGAAAACGGCAGAGAACGGAGACAGAGGAGCUAAAGGAGGUGGCAAGAAAGCUCCAAAGUGACUUUAUGGACACAAUAGUGGUCGGACCGAAUGCAAAACAAACUAUUUUCGUGACAUGAUUAAAAAAAAAAAAAUCGUAAAUGUGAGUUUUAAAAAAGCUUAUAUUGGCACUUCUUUUCUACUUAAAUAAAUCAUCUCAGGAAACAGUGAA